GGAUAACUUCCGUGUGUGAUUUCAUUCUCCAGUUUACCGCACUUGGUUAAGUACACUUUCUCGUGUCCUGUCCGUAUUCAGUACUUUGCCUAUUAAAUCAUUGCACAAUGUCCAGCACCAGAAAAAUUAUCAACUCUCCAGAGGCUCCUCAAAACCCUUUGCCACUAAGCCAAGCCGUUCAAGUGGAUAAGACCUUAUACGUUUCUGGACAACUGGGAUUCACGAAAAAUGGGGAACUAGUUGAGGGCUUGGAAGCUCAAACCAGACAAACUUUGGAUAAUAUUGGUCAUAUUUUGAAAGCCGCAGGGACCGAUUUCCUGAAUGUGGUGAAAGUUACCGUGCUCCUUCAAGACAUUUCAGAUUUUUCAGAAAUGAAUAAAAUUUAUGGGGAAUACUUCAAGGAGCGAUUUCCAGCGAGAGUUGCCUACCAAGUGGGACAACUUCCAAAAGCAGGAGCUCUCGUUGAAAUUGAUGCGAUUGCUAUUGUUGGAGACCUAAAGGAGGAGGAUUAAUUGGCAGAGGAGAGAGAUAAUGUCUGCAAUUAGCAAAUACUUGUAUUACACAUAUAUGAAUAUGCAUAUUAAAGAUUUCAUGUCCUAAAAUUUAUAAUUGCGAGAAAAAUUAAAAUUCAUUUUGAAAUUAAACAUUUUAAA